AAACGAACAAAAAUCUCUACCUAGUCUGGAAUGCAGCUUGACUGGUAGAUAAACCAAAUCUGCUAUUUUGGAUUUAAUGUUUUAUUAAGCAACAGUCUAGGCACAUAUCUAUUUCCAUGAAAUCGGGAGAUUUCAUGAUCUGGACUCGCACCAUGUUCAGAGAAGUAGUCGCCUUAAGUAUGGCAGAUCCUUGCAGGGGUGCCCACCCCUCCAGGUUCAUCAGCUCCCCUGCAUCUCACAAAUCCUUUGGCUGAGUAAGGCGUCCCCGGUUCUCCCCUUUUAACGCUCGGGGAAAUGAGACCAAGAGCAGCCCCGAGAGAACGCGGCUGGCGGAGGUGAAGCCCUUUGAGGCGGCAGGAACCCAGGACUCCCCUCAGGCCCCCUAGGUGUCUGCAGGGGCCGCCCUUGGCCUCAGCUCCCAUUGGCUGCCCCUCCCAGCCGGCUAUAAAGCCGGAUUCUAAGGGGCUGGGCACCUGCGGCUCUCCUGCCUUCUGCUGCCUGGGCCUGGGCCCGAGAUGGGGGCGCGCGUCCUGCUGGUGCUGCUGAGCCUCUCCUCGCUGCCGGGCUUCCUGCAAGCUGUGCAGUGUUUCCAGUGUGAGCGGGUCAACGCCGGUGGCGUCUGUGAGACUGGGGAGAGUUCCUGCCGCACUCAAGGCAGCCAACAGUGCUUUCUGAGGAAAUUCUAUGAAGGUGACAGGCUCCUGUAUGCACACCAGGGCUGUGGGGAUCUGUGUGUCUCCAUGUCUAUCUUCAAACAGAGUGAUACGCUGGAUUUUGAAUGCUGCAGUGACACAUCCUUCUGUAACAGAUUUUAGAGACUUGGCCCUUCUUGCCCUGUUCCAUUGCUCCUUUAGCCCUGUUCUGUGCUCCUGGAGCUUCAAAGGACCUGGCCAUCAAUCCCCAGCAGUGUCCAAGCCCUGAAACCCACUUCUCCGCAGCCACAGGCAUUGCUGUUUCCAUAGCUUGACUCACCAGAGAGACGCUCUCUCCUUCACAUCACCCCUGCUCCCUCUGGGAUUCUCCUGUCUCCUUCCCCUACCCUCUCUGUGCCUCCAUGACUCCUCCUGCCCCUGUCAUCAUGAGCAUGUAGCAAAUUCUCCCUCUCCUUAACAAGUAUUUUCUGUUUGCUACAUGAGCAUGUAGCAAAUCCUCCCUCUCCUUAACUAGUAUUUUCUGACUCUUAAACCCUGCAAUUAGAUGCAGAUUACAUAAAAGUGAGUAAGACCUGACCUCUGCCCCCAAGGUGCCUUCGGUUUUAGUGGUUCAUUUUCUGCUAUGCUGACCAAGUUCACAGUGGCUUCAGUAUCUUGCCUCCCUCUUAUUCAUAGAACUUAGGGCUGAAAGGGUCUCAUUCACCAACCCCUCUAUUAUACAAUCACAUACUCUUCCUCCAUCAUUCCCCCUUUCCAUGUUCAGCCUUUUUCCUAAUAAAUCUCAUGUGUUUUUAGGUCACUGUUGUUAGGAAUUAUUUAAUGUUUCAACUAUAUGAGUAAAAUUCAUACUCAGCUUAGAAAAAUUAUAAAAUUGUGGCAAAAGCAGACAUCACCAGCAUUCCCAUCUCUCAUGUAGAGACACACC